GAAGAAAGAAAAGUUUUUAAAGUUUUGAGGUUAGGAAAACUUAACUUAUAUUUGCUAUCGACGAAUUUGACAUGAUGUGAUUGUUUAUUUUGGAUCUAAUACUUUGAUUUUUGUCUCUGUGUGUCCUCCAAGAUAGAUGUUCAACAUUACUUGAAAAUGUAUCGACGAAGUGGAGAUUCCACUAAUAUGUCAGCUAGCGACGAAUCUUUUGAUUUUUUGUUCAAAGUUGUAUUGAUUGGUGAUUGUGGAGUUGGAAAAACUUGUGUUGUUCAGAGAUUUAAAUCAGGAAAUUUUGUGGAAAGACAUGGAAACACAAUUGGCGUAGACUUUUCAAUGAAAACUGUCACAGUUGAUGGCAAGAAAGUAAAGCUCCAGAUCUGGGAUACGGCUGGUCAAGAAAGAUUUAGAACUAUCACACAGAGCUAUUACAGAUCGGCUAAUGGUGUUAUUAUUGUUUAUGACAUAACAAAAAGAUCCUCGUUUCUUGGCCUUCAACGUUGGAUUGAAGAAGUUCGAAGAUACACAGCUUCUAAUGUAAUGUUGAUUCUUGUUGGUAAUAAAUGUGAUUUGGAGAGUCUACGUGAAGUGGAAUUCGUGGAAGCUGAAGCAAUGUGUGAAUAUAUUCCAGAAAUUCUCUAUGUGAUGGAAGCAUCAGCUAAAGACAACACCAACGUUGACCAAGCCUUCCUGUGUCUUGCUUCGGAAUUGAAGAAAAGACACGAUCACAACGGCCUCGUGGAUAGCAAUCGAGAAGACACAAUCGAACUGAGAGAAGGCAAGGCGGUGAAGCAGUGCAGUGGCUGCAGCGGAGGCUGGUGACUUCCGAACCACACACUCCUCAUCCCCCACCAUCAAGUGCCUUGGCUUUCAGCAGCUACUGCUCAAAUUAUACAGCAUUAUUUAUAUAAUUAAUAAUUAUAGAAUUAUAACUACAGUGCUCUGUGAGAUUCACGUUAUAAAGUCAGUGGAAAUUAUAUGGCAAUAUGGUUGCCAAGUCUCUUUUUUCACUGCCUUUUAUCAUAGAGAAACGAUAGCGUAAGAUAUGCUGAUACCAUAACAAAAGACAAAAUAUAGCAUUAUAUAACAGAUCUUGUUAUAUAACUUUUGACAAAAUUAAAAAAGCAUAAUUUAUUAUAACAUGGAAAAAAUUAUCUUUAUUUGCAGUUUUUAUAAAAAUGUAGGUGGAGGAAAAAUGUUGUGUAUAUCACGAGU